GAUCGCAUCAAUGGCUAUCGACACGCCAAACGACAUCGACAAACACUGCGCAGCGGUACCGAAUGAUUUGGCAACAGUGGUUCGGAAGCAGGCUGGCAUUUUUCCUGACGACCUACCGGUGGGCUUGCUACCUCAGCGGCUGCAUGACCACAAAAUCGAGCUCGAAUCCGGCGCGCAUUCUGCUGUUCUGACCCAAUGGCAGCUGACUCAGCCUGAGUUAGAUGAACUUCGACGCCAGCUGGACUACUUGCUCGAGAAAGGUUUCGUCCGCCCCAGCACAUCACCAUUUGCAGCUCCGACCCUGUUCACCCCGAAGAAAGAUGGCGGUCUACAUAGUAUGUGUAUCGACUACCGCUCCUUGAAUCGGAUUACCAUCAAGUCUCGCUACCCCAUUCUACGUGCAGACGACCUCAUCGACCAACUUCGUGGGGCCAGAUUUUUCUCGAAGAUUGACCUGCGAGGCGGUUACCACCAAUUUCGCGGGCACGAACCUGACUGCUACAAGACGGCGUUUCGAACCCGGUAUGGGAGUUACGAGUACACGGUCAUACCAUUUGGCUUAACAAACGCGCCUUCACCAUUCCACUAGACCAUGAACGAAAUUUUUUCGGCCAG